AUGGCUACUAGAAAUGGCACCAUUGUAAAAGAGUUCAUCCUGCUUGGAUUCACCAGCCAUCCUGAGCUGGAAUCUCUUCUGCUCAUAGUGUUUCUGGCUUUCUACCUCAUGAUGCUAAUGGGUAACCUGGGCAUGAUCACCCUGAUCUGUACUAAUUCUGUUCUCCACACACCCAUGUACUUUCUGCUCAGACAGCUGUCUUUCCUUGAUGUCGGCAUCUCUACAACGGUGUUACCUCAGCUCCUGGUGAUCUUAGCCUCUGGGAGAGUUGUGGUCUCUUAUGAGCAAUGCGCUGCCCAAUUUUUCAUAUUCACUUUCUUUGCCUCCGCUGAUUGUUGCCUCCUGGCUCUCAUGGCAUAUGACCGCUAUGUGGCUGUGUGUCAGCCUCUGCUCUAUGUCACCAUCAUGACGCCCAAGAAAAGGCUGAAGUUGUUGACUGGGGCUUACCUUGGAGGCUUGGCUAAUGCUGUGCUAAGGACUGGCUGCACGUUCUCACUCUCCUUCUGUGGAGACAACCAGAUGGACUUUGUUUUCUGUGACCUCCCGCCCCUGCUGAAGCUGUCCUGUGAGGACACUUUCCUACAAGAACUCCUAAUUCUGAUAUUUGCUUGUUUCGUGAUCUUUGUGAGCCUGACUAUGAUCCUAGUGUCCUAUCUGUUUAUCAUCAGGGCCAUCCUGAAGAUCCGCUCUGCUGGUGGGAGGGCCAAGACCUUUUCCACUUGUGCCUCCCACAUGUCUGCUGUUGGGCUUUUCUUUGGGACCCUUGCAUUCAUGUAUGUACGCAACAAGUCAGAAAAAACCAUAGAGGAGGGCAAGGUGGUGUCUGUGUUCUACACCACAGUGAUCCCCAUGCUGAACCCUCUCAUCUACAGCCUGAGGAACAAGGAGGUGAAGGAGGCCUUGAAGAAAACUCUUAGUAGGCUUAAGUUAUCUUAA